GGUGCUCCAAUCCCCUCCCAAUCAUGUGAUUCAGGUGUUCCAAUCCCCUCCAUAUCAUGUGAUUCAGGUGUUCCAAUCCCCUCCAAUCAUGUGAUUCAGGUGUUCCAAUCCCCUCCAUAUCAUGUGAUUCAGGUGCUCCAAUCCCCUCCCAAUCAUGUGAUUCAGGUGUUCCAAUCCCCUCCAUAUCAUGUGAUUCAGGUGUUCCAAUCCCCUCCAUAUCAUGUGAUUCAGGUGCUCCAAUCCCCUCCCAAUCAUAGUCAAUAGCUAAAGACCUCCAAACUUGGUGUGGCCUUCAGAUGAGCCCAACAACAGUGCGUAGAGAGCUUCAUACUGAGGAAUUGAUUCCUA